AGCUGACAUGUUUGUUUUGCUUACUCGGGAGGUCGUCAUGAUAAAAACAUAGACGAAGGAAAGGAGCAUAUCAAACCACAACCGAGUAACGUCAAAGGCUCUUCGCUGCCAUUGAAACACAGCUGUACGUCAUUUGUCACCGAUAGUGUCGUCAACGGCUGCCCUCUUUGUUUGCUAACACCACAAUUACCACCGUUGUCGACUGGGCGACGACUUUGACGCAGUAUGCCUUCAGAGAAAUCCUUCAAACAAAGGAGGACAUUCGAUCAGCGAGUAGAAGAUGUUCGGCUGAUCCGGGAGCAGCACCCGAACAAGAUACCUGUGAUCAUCGAGAGGUAUAAAGGAGAGAAACAGCUCCCCAUCCUGGACAAGACCAAGUUCUUAGUGCCAGACCACGUCAACAUGAGUGAACUCAUCAAGAUUAUCAGGAGGCGCCUCCAGCUCAAUUCCAACCAGGCUUUCUUCCUGCUGGUCAACGGCCACAGCAUGGUGUCCGUGUCAGCUGCCAUCUCCGAGGUGUACGAGCGGGAGCGGGACCAAGACGGCUUCCUAUACAUGAUGUACGCCUCCCAGGAGACCUUUGGCACCGUCCCGACCCCCCAGUGAUCAGACUUCCUGUCGUCUUCUCCCUCUUGGCCAGCGAUUGGACAAUUCUAGUUUUUAGUUCCUGUUCGUGUUUUUCCCCCUCUUAAUAACCCCCGUCUUCCCCUCUACGUUAGUCCCGACUAUGAACUAAAACGCAAAUUGCUUCAUGUAAAAGACAAAAGUAGAGGUUGUGAUUUCUGUUUUAUGGAUUCUGACAGCGUGUUUGUGCCACUAGUUUAAAGCCACACAGGUCAAGCAGAGUCUAAGACAGAAAAGCAGUUUAUUCUUCAUUUCUAAUGUCUACUGUCUCUAUAUUCUUCAUCGUGUAUGCUAUGGUGGCAACACAUCAUUUUUAGCCUGUUUUUUUUCUAUCCAUCUUUUGCGAUUUUACAUAAAAGUGGUGCAUUUCCAAGUAGCAAACGAACAAAGCUAACGAUCAUUGAAAGUGCAACAGAACGACUCAAUGUGUAGAUUCAAGAGGCCUGCAGAUUUUUUUUUUUUUAAAAGCUACCCAAAUUAAAAUGUUUUAAGUUUUGUUAAUAUAAAAAGUGUCCAGAGCAGGUGUGCCUUAAAGCAGCAUCAGUGGAUCAACUAACCGGUUACAAGAGAACAUUUAAGUGUUGUGUAAAUAAUUCAUCCCAUUCACUGUCAAAUAUACCAUAAGGUAACGGCUGUGUGUCAAUCACAUUUAAAGUGUAGUGAUGCUCUUCAACGUUAUGUGUUCCCUCCAUCCUCAGGUCCUAAUAUAUGGUCACUUCUGGCUCAAAAAAAAAACAAAAAAAAAAACACUUGUCCACUUUUUUAUACAGUUUGUUGUUCUAGCUGUGAUUCGGCCCAUCCCGUUCCCUUUUAGAUAUUCCAACACAAACGUAAAAAAUGGCCUUGCUGAGUGGGUUUUUCCGAAUUUGGGGGGGCUUCAUUUCUUGUCAGUGAACGCUCCACAUGUGUCGACUGUGUCACUGUGUUGACUUUGGACCCACGGGGGGUUGGUUUCCGGGUGCUGCCGUUGUGGGGAAACUUCACUGUGUGUUGCAAAGGGCUGCAUAUCCUGUAUGUGUACACGCAAAACUUUUCAUGCAUCCGUGUUGUGCAGGGUGAAGUGCAGCUGCCUUUACCGUAGUAUUUUAUUAUUUGGAUUGUUUUAUUUAAUUUUUUUUUAUUUGUUGUGCAACACUAUCAAUGAUAGACAAGUCAAAGCCACUGUGCGUUGCAGAGGGAUGGAGCAUUUGUGUUGUCUUCUAGCCCCACAUUCACACAGAGCAAUAGCUACUUAUGUAUUUAUGUUGGUAUUUUGUUAACAAUAAAAGGAAAAAAAAGUGUCAAA